AAAUGUAUAUACUGAAUAUAUUUUUCAAAAGAAACCAUGUUCUUAUUGAAAGAUCUAGUUACAGUUGAGUUCUUUGUUUUCACGUCUGAUAACUUAACCGUUUUUCUCUUUCCUCACUCUUUCUCCUUCAAGCUCAUCAUCAAUGGCGGACUGGUCUGAACUUCCGAAGGACCUUCUCAACCUAAUCUCUCAACGCCUUCAAAGCCCUCUCUACCUUCUCCGUUUCCGAUCCGUUUGUUCUUCUUGGCGCUCUUCUUCGUCAUCAUCAUCUUCUUCUUCCCCUUUUCCCUUCUCUCACUCCAUCACUCUCACCCCCACCUUCUCCCUCUACCACCGCUCCCUCCUCCUCCUCACGCCACCCUCCACCGCCCCCAAUUGCCGCCCCUGGCUCGUUAAAAUUUCCCACGACCCACGCGCCCGCACCGCGCGUCUAUUCCAUACGCUUUCCCGCUCCCAGCCAAAACGACCGCGUUUCGCGCUCGACCUCCUCCGCCUCCACGUUCUCGACCUUGGCUGCGAGUUCCGCCUCUCCAGCGCCUGCCCCUCCACGGAAUCCCUCUACGACGAGAAGCUCGUCCUGCUCUCCGCCGGAAAUGACGGCUUUGCCCUCCUCACCAUCCACAUCUCCGGCAAGCUCGCCCUCUUCCUCCGCGGCGACUCGGGCUGGACCAUCAUCCCCGACAUGCCGACCCCCUACGACGACGUCUGCGCCUUCCGCGGCACCUUCUACGCCGUCGACGGCAACGGCCGUACAGUCACCGUGGGGCUCGACGCCUCGCUCCGCGUUGUCACGGAGCGCGUCUUCGGCGGGGACAAGAAGUUUCUGGUAGAGUGCAACGGCGCGCUGAUGCUGGUGGACCUGUACUUGUUCGCGGACUACGAAAAUUUGGACGAGGAGGAUGUUGGUGUCAUUGGGUGGGAGAGGACGGUGAGGUUUGAUGUGUUUAGGCUCGAUGAGGAGGUGGGGAGGUGGGUGGAGGUGGCGAGUUUAGGGGAGUGGGUUUUGUUCUUGGGAGAUGAUUGUGCGUUUUCGGCUUCUGCAAAGGAUUUGGGGGUUGAGAGAGGGAACUACGUGGUGUUUAGAGAUGAUGGGUUGGGUGCUGUCAGGGUUGCUAAUGGAGUUGGGGUUUUUGAUUUGGAUGAUGGAAGGAUUUCGCCCUUGUCUCAGUGUCCUGGCUUUUCUGAGCUAUUCUGGCCGCCCCCGGUUUGGGUCAGAACCCAUUGAUGCUUCGCGAGUGCAUGUUUGGUUUUCGGUUGGGAAGAUGAUUCUUGGACACCCCUUGAGAUAGAUGGGAAGACAAAAGAUAUAAGGAAUUGAUAUGAUUGAAGAUCUGAUGUUAGAAGAAGUGAGGUGGAGAGAGAAAUAAGAGGUAUUUAUGGCGUUGUUUGUAAUUUCUGAGUGUUGGGAGGUUCCAAUGUAUGUUCAGAACGUAAAACGGAAAAGCAUCUUUCUUUGGUUUUCAGUUGGAGUCCUGAUAUUAAACUGAUUUUGGCUUUGAAACUCAGUUUGAAAAAAUAGAAGUAAAGAGAGAGUUGCUUUUGCAAACUCAGUUUGCUAAAUGAAGUUCAUUCAAACUUAAGUUUACAAAAUUUAGGGUGUUAAUUUAUCGUAAGGCACCAUAUUUUUCAUUAUUGUUUGGUUGCAUUGGGUGUUAAUAGAGUCACAAUUAGAAUAGGGACUUUAUUGUUUGGAUAAUGGUCGGAUUGGGCCCUUGUUGAAGUGUCUGUGGUGGGUUUUCCGAGGUGUUCUGGCCACCGCCAGAUUGAUUCAGGUUGACACUUCAUGCUUGGUAUGCUGAUUUAGUUGUUCUCAAGGUGAAUUAUGCAUGAAUAUCUAAUUUCAUUGCUUAGUGCAUGUUUGGUUUUCACUUGGAGACCCCAAUGUGCAAUCAAAAUGUAUGAUCUCUUAUUUAGUUUACAGUUUGAUUUGAUUGUAAAUUGAGGUUUCUCUAUUUUGUCUAGAAACUCAGUUUGAAAAAGAAGCAAAGGGAGAGAUGCUUUUACAACUCAGUUUGCAAAAUGAAGUUCAUUCAAACUUAAGUUUAGAAACUUAAUCCAAGCACAGCCUUAGUGUGUGUUUUAAUUUAUUAGAGGACACCUACAAAACCACUUGUUCUGGAUUUUUAAACUUGAUAACUGGAGUAUUACUUUGUUGUUAAUUGACGCAUGUGCUAAGGUUUGGUGUAUAUAAUGAAGGUUGAUUAAUGAAGUUUUAGAUUAGGACUAUAGGUUUCUUAUGUGUAGUGAAGAAGUAUAGGUAUUUUUGACAUGGCUCUUUUUUAUUACGAGAGUUUCACUCGGUAAUAUGGCAUAUCUAUAAAGUGGAGUAACACAUUAGAGCACUGCACAAGCAGCUUCAUGUGGCUUUCAUUCCAGAUGAAGUACUGUUGGUCAAUCUUGAAUGAGAACAGGCUAGCUGCUUUAAAAUGGUUUUUGGUGUAAAGCUUGGUUAUCAGUAAUACAUGUCACCGCUGGGGCUAGUUUGAGACCAUACUUGAAUGGUAUUUUCCCUGUUGACUGAUGUUUCUAGAAGACCUUUAGAAGAGGAGAUCAUAAAAGGAUUUGCAUAUGUUAUUACUACUAACAAUGAAAGUGAACACUAUUCCUUUGUGAAUCCUCUCCACAUUAUUAUUCUAUUUUUGUGAUUUUAGUGAUGCUGAAAAUAUUGUGCAUUAUUUAAUUUUGAAAGUUAGCUUCUAUGAAUAAUGGUGCAUAA